AUGCUUCUAUCGUUUUUGCAGCUGCACGCGCUGCUGGCUUUGCCAGCCGUCCUUGCCUGGCUUGCUGCGAGGACGUACCGACAGUACAGACGCCUGAGCCAUGUGCCGGGGCCGAGGAUUGCCGGCUUCUCCAGGUGGUGGUUUGCACGGAGCACUCUGAGCGGCCGGAUACACCUCGACUUGUACGACGUGUGCAAAAGAUACGGCUCCCUCGCUCGCGUCAGCCCCAACGACCUCGUCACCAGCGACCCCGGCCUCGCCAAGCGCAUGCUCGCCGUCCGCUCGCCAUACACCCGCUCCGACUGGUACAACGGGCUCCGCUUCGAACCCCGUGUCAACAGCAUCGUCAGCGUGCGAGACGACUCGCUCCACGGCGUGAUGCGCGCCCAGAUGGCCUCCGGGUACUCCGGCAAGCAGGUCGACAACCUCGAGCAGAAAAUCGACGACGCCGUCGUCGGCCUGGUCGCGCUGGUCGAGGCGUACAUUGCGCGCGACGAGCCGCUCGACAUGGCUCGCAAGGUGCUCUACUUCACCCUCGACGUCAUCUCCGAUCUGGCCUUUGGGGAGCCCCUUGGCCACCUCAGCUCCGACUCGGACGUGCACCGCUACGUGCACGACAUGGAGACGCACCUGCCCGUCUUGAUCAUCUCGACGGUCGCGUCGUGGGUGAUUCCCCUGUUGGGGCUGGCUAUAUUCCGGCCGGUCAUGCCGAGCGAGCACGACGUGCUUGGCGUCGGGCGCAUCAUGGGCAUUGCCAAGAGAGUAGCCGCCGAGCGGUACGGGCCCGGCAAAAAGGUCCAAAGGGACAUGGUUGGCUCCUUUGUAGCCCAUGGCUUGACGCAGGCCCAAACCUCGUCCGAGAUUGCAACGCAAAUCACCGCCGGCUCCGACACCACCGCAACCGGCAUCCGCGCCACCCUCCUCCACAUCACCACCUCGCCGCGCGUCCACGCCCGGAUCCAGGACGAAAUCGCCCGCACCCGCCUCAGCCGCCCGGUCGCCACCGACGCCGAGAUCCGCGCCAUGCCGUACCUGCAGGCCGCCAUCAAGGAGGGCCUGCGCGUCUUCCCCCCCGUGUCGGGCUUCAUGUCCAAGGAGGUGCCGCCCGCCGGGGACUCGUGGAACGGCGUGGCCCUCCCGCCGGGCACCCGGGUCGGCCUCUGCACCUGGGGCAUCCUGCGCCGGAGGGAGGUGUGGGGCGACGACGCCGACGAGUUCCGCCCCGAGCGAUGGCUCGACGCGGGCCGCGACCAGCGCCGGCAGAUGGAGGGCGUGCUGGAUCUCGUCUUUGGCGCCGGCAAGUGGGCCUGUCUGGGGAGGAACGUCGCCCUGAUGGCCAUGAACAAGGCGCUUGUCGAGCUCCUGAGACGGUUCGACCUCGCCGUGGUAAACCCCACGCAGCCGUGGACUUCCGUCAACUGCGGCAUUUUCAUCCAGUCUGGGUUCUGGGUGCGAGCUACGCGGCGAGCGAUGCCGUAG